AAAAUCACAACAAAAACAUUUUGCUCGUUGUUUUGAUUCAAGACGUUCGAGAAAAAUUGCAAAAUUUUCCAAUUUCCCCGUGAUUUUAGUAAAGAAAAGUGUUGAGAAAAGAAAGAAGAGUUAUCCGUGAUCAUGGCAAAUCAAUAUCCGGGUGGAUUUGGGAACCAGAAUCGUGGGAAUUUUGGGAAUCAAAUGGUACCGAUGAGUAUGGCCGGGAGUGGUGGAAAUCAGAUGGGGAAUAUGAUGAGCUACAGCCAAGGGAUGCAGCAGCAGAUCCCCAAUACCACAGCCGUGGGAAUGGGUGCCCCGAAUAGCAAUCAAAUGGGCAUGCAAACGGGUCCGGGGAUGCAGAGCCCGUCGCAGCAGCAGCAACAGCCGGGAAUGCAGCAGGGCACGCAGCAGCAGAGUCAGAGUCAAGGUCUCACCCUUCACACGUCAACAAGCUCCACAGCAACCUCCGGUGGUGCUACAAAUACCACCAUGAUGAGCCAGGGAAGUGCUCCGGGGCAGGGACAAUUCAACAUUGUGAGCCUGUGCAAGUUUGGCCAGGAAACCGUGCAGGAUAUCGUGAGUCGCUUCCAGGAGGUCUUUCAGGCACUUCGUGGCUCAAUACCGCCCAAUGGCACCACGGCUGGGAGUACGGAGAAGAAGGUUCAGGAGCAGUUUCGCACAAUUCGGCUGCUCUUCAAGCGUGUCCGCAUCCUGUAUGACAAAUGCAACGACAGCUGCCAACAGGGCAUGGAGUACACGCAUGUGGAGAGUCUCAUUCCGCUCAAAGAUGAACCGGAUCACAAACCUCAAGUUGCGCAGAGUGAAGAGUACCAGAAGGCACUGCAGGACAAUCGGGAGCUCCUUGAAACUGUCAUGCUGAAGAAUAAGCAACUCCGGGAGGUCAUCGAUAGGAUCCGCAUUAUCAUCUGGGAGAUCAACACUAUGCUCAGCAUGAGGAAGUCCUAAAAAGGGUCACAGACAAACCUCUGACUGGAGGAACAAUCAAUCACAUUUGAAUGAACGGCGUGUGUGGAAUUGUGCGGCUUUUUUGCUGAUAAGGAAAGUUCGAGGGGUUUAUCAAUGGACUUUCGAGGUCCCGCUGAGGUAUGUUUCAUUUUUGAUUAAUUUAAAAAGAAUUUAUUUUGUUUAUAAGAGAUCUGCAAAAGUAAAAUAAAAGACAUUGAGAAAUUGA